UGCAAGCCAGAAGCCCCAGUCUGUAAAUUCCAAGAAACCCAAAACCACACCAAUAAACCAGUUCACUCUCCAACCCCCACUCUCAGCAUUUCGCUCUGUGCACCCACCAAAUUACUCACCACACCAACGCACCCCAAAAAAUGGACCUCCUCCUCCUGGAAAUGACCCUUCUGGGUCUCUUCGUUGCCAUCGCCAUUUCAAAACUCUGCGGCAAGAAAUGCAAGUUCCCGCCGGGUCCCAUACCCGUACCCGUUUUCGGAAACUAGCUCCAGGUCGGCAACGACCUCAACCACCGUAAUCUCUCCGACCUCGCCAAGAAAUUCGGCGACUGCUUCCUCCUCGGCAUGGGGCAGCGCAACCUCGUCGUCGUCUCGUCGCCGGAGCUCGCCAAGGAGGUGCUCCACACCCAGGGAGUCGAAUUCGGGUCGAGGAGCCGAACCGUCGUUGUUGAUAUCUUCACCGGUAAAGGCCAGGACAUGGUGUUCAGCGUCUACGGCGAGCACUGGCGGAAAAUGCGGCGGAUCAUGACCUUCCCCUUCUUCACCAACAAGGUCGUCCAGCUGUACCGCCACGGAUUGGAAUCGGAGGCGGCGGCGGUCGUCGAGGACGUGAAAAAGCAGCCUGAGGCGGCGACCAAUGGGAUGGUGCUGCGGAGGCGGCUGCAGCUGAUGAUGUACAACAACAUAUACAGAAUCAUGUUCGAUCGGCGAUUCGAGAGCGAGGAGGAUCCCCUGUUCGUGAAGCUGAAGGGAUCGAACGGGGAGAAGAGCGGAUUGGCGCAGAGCUUCGAUUACAACUACGGCGAUUUUAUCGAGAUAUUAAGGCCGUUUUUGAGAGGGUAUUUGAAGAUGUGCAAGGAAGUGAAGGAGAAGAGGAUGCAGCUGUUCAAGGACUAUUUCAUUGACGAGAGGAAGAAAAUUUGGAGCACACAGGCUACAACAAAUGAAGGGUUGAAGUGCGCCAUUGACCACCUCCUCGACGCGCAGCACAAGGGAGAAAUCAACGACGAAAAUAUUUACUACAUCCUUGACAACAUCAAUGGCGCUGCUAUUGACACCACUUUGUGGUCGAUCGAGUGGGGAAUUGUCGAGCUUGUGAACCACCCCGAAAUCCAGAAGAAGUUGAGUGAAGAACUUGAUGCAGUCCUCGGCCGCGGAGUUCAGAUCACAGAGCCCGACGUUCAGAAACUUCCCUACCUGCAAGCCGUGAUCAAGGAGACUCUCCGACUUCACAUGCCAGCCCCACUCCUUGUUCCCCACAUGAACCUCCUGGACGCCAAGCUUGGCGGGUUUGACAUCCCGGCGGAAAGCAAGAUUUUGGUGAAUGCUGGGUGGUUGGCAAACAACCCUGCCUUGUGGAAGAAGCCAGAGGAGUUUAGGCCCGAGAGGUUUUUGGAGGAGGAGUCGAAGGUGGAGGCUAAUGGGAACGACUUCAGGUAUCUCCCGUUUGGUGUUGGGAGAAGAAGUUGUCCGGGAAUUACCCUAGCCCUUUCAAUUUUGGGCAUUGCAAUUGGACGUUUAGUCCAGAACUUGGAGCUUCUUCCUCCGCCGGGACAGUCCAAGGUCGACACCUCGGAGAAAUGUGGGCAGUUCACCCUGCAGAUCCUUAAGCAUUCCACCAUUGUGAUGAAGCCGAGGGGGUAGGUUGAUGCUUGGGGAGGAUGAUUUUGAUUACAUGGAAUGAUACGUGGGUUGUGAAAAUGUAAAUUUAUGAAUUUUUUUUUUUCUCUCUUCUUUGCUGAUAUAGAUUUAUGAACUCAGAAUUAAUGGAUGAGAGUCUUUCUCACCGCAGUGUGAGUUUAUUAUCUCUCUUUCGUUUUCCGGCGGGCCGGGCACUGCGUGCUUUUCUUGUUUUCUUCUUCUUUUUGUUCCUUUUUUGUUAUCUGAAAUAAGCCCACCCCCUUUCCCUAAACCAAUCUACACCUUUCUGGCCUCUAUUAUAAGUUAGAACCAUCUGGA